UUUGGAGCCUAAUUUGAUUUCUUACAAUGUAGUUAUAAACGGGUUAUGUAGAGAAGGGAGGAUGAAGGAGACAAGUUUUGUACUUACGGAGAUGAACAAGAAAGGAUACUCGCUUGAUGAAGUCACUUAUAAUACUCUUAUUAAAGGUUAUUGUAAAGAAGGUAACUUUCAUCAAGCUCUUGUGAUGCAUGCUGAGAUGCUGAGACAUGGGUUGUCACCUAGUGUUAUCACUUAUACUUCACUUAUACAUAGUAUGUGUAAGGCUGGGAAUAUGAACAGGGCUACUGAGUUUCUUGAACAGAUGCGUGUUAGAGGGCUUUGCCCUAAUGAGCGUACGUACACGACGUUGGUUGAUGGGUUUUCUCAAAAGGGGUAUAUGAAUGAAGCCUAUCGGGUUUUGAAAGAGAUGAUUGAUAAUGGGUUUUCUCCUUCGAUUGUGACUUAUAAUGCUCUUGUUAACGGGCAUUGUGUUGCUGGGAAUAUGGAAGAUGCGAUAGCAGUGCUCGAAGAUAUGAAGGAGAAAGGUUUGACUCCGGAUGUAGUGAGUUAUAGCACAGUGUUAUCUGGGUUUUGUAGAAGUUACGAUGUUGAUGAGGCGCUUAGAGUUAAGAGGGAAAUGGUUGAAAAAGGUAUAAAACCUGAUACAGUUACCUACUCGUCACUGAUCCAAGGGUUUUGUGAGCAGAGAAGGACGAAGGAAGCUUGUGAUCUUUACGAUGAAAUGCUGAGAGCUGGCCUUCCACCAGAUGAAUUUACUUACACAGCCUUGAUCAAUGCUUACUGUAUGGAAGGAGAUCUGGAAAAAGCGCUCCAGUUGCACAAUGAAAUGGUUGUGAAAGGUGUAUUGCCUGAUGUUGUCACUUACAGCGUGCUUAUAAACGGGCUUAACAAACAAGCUCGAACAAGAGAAGCAAAAAGACUCUUGCUUAAGCUGUUCUAUGAAGACUCAGUUCCUAGCGAUGUCACAUAUCAUACACUCAUAGAAAACUGCAGUAACAUCGAGUUUAAAAGCGUGGUAUCUCUUAUUAAAGGAUUCUGUAUGAAAGGAAUGAUGGUUGAAGCUGAUCGAGUUUUCGAAUCCAUGCUUGAGAAAAAUCACAAACCCGAUGGAACAGCAUACAACGUUAUGAUUCAUGGCCAUUGCAGAGGCGGAGAUGUCCGCAAAGCAUAUAGUCUAUACAAAGAGAUGGUAAAAUCCGGAUUUCUUCUCCACACCGUGACAGUGAUUGCUCUGGUUAAGGCAUUGCACAAGGAAGGGAAGGUUGAUGAACUAAACAGUGUGAUUGAGAAUGUAUUAAGAAGCUGUGAACUGAGCGAAGCAGAGCAAGCCAAAGUGCUUGUGGAGAUCAAUCAUAGAGAAGGGAAUAUGGAUGUGGUUCUUGAUGUGCUUGCUGAAAUGGCCAAAGAUGGAUUUCUUCCCAACGGCAAAAGUUAAUCAUGUAUCAAUUUUUUUGGUUUUAAUAACUUUGAACGGUUUAGUGAGUAAAAAAUCAUUUGCCUUUAUUUUUGUACUCCAAUAGGUGAAACAUUUGUUCAAAAAAAAAA